AUGUCCACUGCCUUCCUUCGCCUGACGCUGUUCACAAAGACAAACUGCGGUCUCUGCACCACCGCAAAGGAGGCCCUCACCCGCGUUCCCUUCCAGCUCGAUCAAAUCGAUAUCUAUGCACCUGGACAAGAGGCUGCCCAAAAGUACAUGUUUGAUGUCCCUGUUGUUGAGCUCAACGGCCGUGUCGCCAUGAUGCACAGAAUCGACGAGCUCAAGCUGAUCGACAUCCUUCACAAUGCCCAGAACAGCGACAGUCAGCAAAAGAAUUAG